AUGGAUUCCAUGAUCAAACUCAGUCAUUUAUCUGAUGUUAAGCCUUUCAAAUCUGCAUGGAGUGUUAGAGUGAAAGUAAUUCAUAAGUGGACAUCGUUCAAUCACCAAACUGGUGCGACUCUUGAGAUGGUUUUAGCAGACGAAAGGGGUCACAAAAUCAAGGCCAUUUGCAAUCAAACUUUACUGCAUCUAUUCGAGGGACAGUGUGUUGUUGGAGAAUGGAAAGUUAUUACUAACUUCCAGUUAGUUUCAGCAACUGGUCUUUACCGACACACGAAACAUGUUUACAAAAUGGUUUUCCUGCAGCAAACUAAAAUAACGGAUUGUGAUAUCAUUUGCCACAACAUGUUUCUCGAGCUCCAGGAUUUUACCAACAUUAUCAAUGGACCGCGUGACACAUCUGUUCUUAUUGAUGUGAUUGGUGAAGUCUUGGACUUUGGUGGUCUUCAAAUUGCUCAGGUUUCUCGAACAGAAAUUAAGAAAGUGGAGUUUACACUAAGAGAUAUUAGUGAUCAGCGACUUAAAUGCUGCCUUACUGGAAAAUAUGCUGAGAUUUUGUCCCAAAAUGUCAAACAACCAACCAUUGGAGAUAUUUGCCUGAUAAGAUUCGCUAGAACAGGCAUCUACAAAGGAGAGUUGUACUUAUUAAAUGCAUUUGAUUCUUCAUUGGUGUUCAUAAACCCAUAUAUCAAGGAAGCACAAUUACUUAAACAAAAGUUUAAUGAUGUUGAUAACUCUCUUGGUAUCUGUCAAAUUCCUAAUGACGAGAUCCUGAACCAGGAAAAGCAAAAGAGAUGGUCCCAAUAUCCAUUCUUAACUAUCCAGGAGAUGAAACACUUUGAUAAGGGUGAAAAUUGCAGAGUGAUUUGUGCUGUUUAUGCUAUUGAUACUGUCAGUGGAUGGUAUUUUGUUGCUUGUGUGGUAUGCCACAAUAAGGUUUUCAAAAACAUGAUAUCAUUUGAUGAUAACGGUGGUCAAAGCUGGUGGUGUGAGUUUUGCCACCGAAAUGUUACAAAGGUCUCAGCGAGGUACAACUUAGAUCUGCUUGUGCAGGAUCAGACAGGCGAGUCUAAAUUCACACUGGCAGACUCACUUGCAAAAUACAUUCUGAAAACUUCUGCUUCAAAAUUGGUGAAUGUUUUAUUGGAUGAGGUUGAAAAUCAAAACAUGUUACCACCUCAGUUAGUGGAAAUUGUUGGUAAAAGUUAUGGAUUUGGUAUUUCAUUUGAUGGAAAAGAAAAAAAUUCUGAAGAUGGAGUUUUUAAUGCCAUGAAAGUUUGGACUCUGAGUGAUGCUAUAUGGAAAAAAGCUAAGUAUCUCCAUAAGGAGUCAAUCAAUUCAAAGAAGAAGCAGUGCACAAUUCACAUUUGCGAGGUUGAAGAGAGUAAAAGUGGUUGA